AUGUUGACCCAACCUUCCACCUAUGUGCAUGCUGAUCCCAAUGCGCUGUCUGUCCCCACCAAUAUCCAGGAGAUACCUGCGUGGGCCCAGGAGAUCAAAAACCUCCUCCUGGCUAUGAAUCAGAACCUAUCUCUGGUCAUAGGACAAGCAGCUGCCCAUCAUACAGAUAUUGGCACCACACAGGCCACCCUCAACAACCACAACAGCAGCAUCACCAAUCUUGAUGCCCUCAUUGUUAAACUUGGGGCUUGUCAGAGCCAACAACUACCAAGAGGCACUGCAGCUGCGUCUGGUUCCUCUCUUGCCUUGGCUACCAAGGCUCCCAAACUUGCAACGCCAGACAAAUUUGAUGGGUCUGACAAAAACAAGGCAAUCUCUUUUAGGGUUGCUGUUUCUCAUUAUCUCAGGAUCUCAUAUCCUGGCUCAACAGUGGAUGAGCAAAUUGCAUUUAUCAUUUCCUGCCUGGAUGGCAAGGCCCAUGAGUGGCUUGAGCCCUAUCUAGAAGAGGACGUUGUGAAAGGGAACCCAGUUUCUUGGCUCCACAAUCUGGAUGCCUUCUGGCUGCAAUUCAAUGCACGCUGGAAUGUCCAAAAUAGGACAGAGAACUUCCGCGCCAAGCUGCGCACCCUCAAACAAACCAAGGGAGUCCAAGAUUAUUACAAGGACUUCCAGACCUACUCUCAAGGUCUUGGUUACAAUGACCCCUCUCUUAGGGACAUGUUCUAUGAUGGCCUAUCCCACAAGAUUAAGGAAACUCUCAUGGUUCAAGACUAUGACCAUGCAGAUGCCUCUGUCACUCUUGCAACUCUUGCAGAGAAGGCCCUUAAGGUGGAUCAGCGCCUAGAGCAAUUUGCAGCCCAGCACAAGGGUUCUUCCUCCUCCUCCUCUUCAAACCAAUCUGGAAGCAAAUCCAGCACCUCUACGUCAGCAGCAGCCCAGGGAGCGCCCAGGGAUAAACUGUCUGUUGGGGAACAGGUGUAUGCAAUUGUGGAUGGAAAGGCUAAGAAGGGGGUUCUUCAAAAAAUUGGCCAAAAUGCCAAAGGGAUAGCAGUUCCAAUUGUUAAGUGGAAUGAUGGCACCACCAUGGAUGUUACCUUUAAAUCUCUUAAAAAGGAUAACCACCCUGCCACUGCCACCUCUUCCACUGCUCCCAAGGCUUCCUCCUCCUCCUUGCGCAACUCUGGUCCUUCACCAAUGGACUUAGACUCUGCCUUAUCUAAAGGCAAAAAACCAAUUAUAUGCGCAACAUGUGGAGGUAGGGGACACUAUGCCAACCAAUGCCCCUCCAAAUCCUAUUCUGGCCAUGAGGCUCAUAUCUCUGAGGAUGAGUCAGAAAAUGGGGACCUCUGA